UUCAGUUUAAUGUAUGAAAUAUAUGCGUUUAUUUCUAAAAUAGUUUGAAAAUUUAUUAUAAUAUUAUUAUAUAUACAAUUUAUUAUAAUAUUAUAUGCAGUGUUUACAGUAAUAAUGAAGUUUAUAAAAACAUUUUUCUUUAUAUUCAUUUGUGUUAUUUUAAUUAAUAAUAUUAGCACAAAAUUUAGUAUUGGAAAAGGUUUUGGUAAAAAUACAAAAUCAAAUGGAAAAUCUGGAAAUAGAAAAUCAUAUGGAUCUUUAUAUCAUACAUCAAAUAGAGCAAAUCCUAAUUAUAAUAUUGCUCAAACAAAUAAAAAUAUUAAUAGACAAUUUUUAAAUGCUGAAGGUGGAGAAGCAACACGAUUAAUUCAAACAAAGCCUUUUCAACCAUCAUAUUCUACAAAGCCUAUUUCAGUUUUACAAAAUGGAGAAAAACAAAAAAAUGAAAACAAACAAACUUCUUUUUAUCCAUCUGCACCACAACAAGAUCAUAUUAUGAAAUCCGCUACAGCACAAAAUUAUGAUCAGAUAACAUCACAUCAAACAAAUUUCCCCUGGAGCAAUCCCUAUUUAGGAAAUAAUAAACAAAGUACAGUUCAAACACAUACAAUUAAUAAGCCACCAAUAUCAAAUCAACCAAUUAUACCAAGUUCUCAACCACCUCCAAUUGGAUUCAAAGAUUAUGUUUAUCCAGAAAGUCAUAUAACAUCGGCUAAUACUCAAUCUAUACAUAUGAGAGAAUAUCCUCCUUAUCCUACACAUCAUAUGCCUUUAAGUAACACAUGGCCAAAUUCAGUUUCUUCUCUACCUUACCAAACGAAUUCAAUGCCAUUAAGAAAUCCUUAUUCUAUACAUUCUUCUGAAGGUAUUUAUAAUGCACAUGGGCAACCUUCUUAUUCAACACAUUAUCCAACACAUAUAUUAGCACAACCUGCAGUACAACCAUUUGUACCUGGUCAAACUAUUCUAAUGGUACCAGGGCAACAAGAUUCUGGCCGAGGUUUUGGUCAAAUGAUCAAGGAAGCUCUUGUAUUUUCAACUAUUAAUGCAGGUGUCAAUCGAAUAUUAAAUCCUCAUACUACUCAUAACUAUGUAGAAAGUAAACCUGAUUCUACUUCAACAACUACAACUCAUAUUACUUAUAACAAUCAAUAUUUUAAUACUGCACUUGGAGUUAAUGAUGAGAAAAUGAAUUCUACAAAUGUAUUACAAGUAACUGGAUUUCCUAAUAAUUCAACUGGCAUAUUUACUUCUAAUAUAGAAAAUGUUAGAAACAUACCCAUUAAUGAAUCUCAAAUAAAUGAGAAUAUAAAUACUUCUACAAUUGUGUCAAAUGAUCAAAAGAAUCUAUCUAAUAAUUCUAUAAGCAUAGAUAACACAUUUUUUUACAAAAUUUCGGAUGAUGAACUUUUUAAAAUAUCAGAAGAACUAUUUGCAAAAAGUUCGCGUAAUAUAUAUAAAUUUAUAAAAUUGAAUCUACAAACUCAAGUUACAUCUUUUAAUGUAACAGAUAAAGCUAAAGAAUCAUUGUUUAAAAUAGAAUCAAAGUUGUUAGAUUAUCCAUCAAUUUAUGUAAUACGAUCUUUAUACGAUAGUUAUGAAUACGAUUUUCGUAAAAAAUUGAAUCGUACUUUGGAAACAAGAAAACAAGAAAAUCUUUUGAUUGAUACAUUUUUAAAUACAAAUGAGAUGACAAUAGCUAUGCAAUGGUUAGCUGAUCGUGGAUUCAUUGAUCCAGAUGAUUUUGAAAGAAAAGAUGUACUUCGUCGAAUUUGGUUUACUAUAUUCAACGGAAGUACAUGCGGAUUUGAACGUGUGUUUGCAUCUGAAAAUUAUGGUACAGCCAUUAUUGGUAUACAAGAUUGGAUUUAUUUCGAAUAUUUAGAAUCUUUGAAACGUAUAGAUUAUAUGGGUUACGUAAAUAAAUUAGAUUUUGGAAAUAUUGCUUCAUUACUAAAAGUAAAUUUUCAAAUAGAUGGGAUUGUUAGAUCAAAUGUAACAAUAUUUGUGGGUACUUUACCUGAGUUGGAAAUGGCUUUAUACACGAUAUGUUUUUAUGCAAGAUCAAAUAAUCUUUGUCCAGUUUCUUUUGGUGGUACAAAGUUUAACAUUUAUACUCAUUCAUUUAUACAUUUCGGAAACGAAGUUAUAGAUCUUGGUCUUCCAAUUUUUUAAUAUAGAAGAUAAUAUAUAUGCAGUAGUUGUAUUUAGAAUUUAAUAUAAUAUAUAGUGUAUAUAUAUAAUAUAUAUAUAUGUAAUUGAAUAUAAUUCAAUUUAAUAAGUAAUA